UCCAGCAUGGCGGUGUUUGCCGAUUUGGAUCUGCGAGCGGGUCCCGAUCGGAAGACCCUGUGUCGGCUGGUAGAGAAUGCCGCUCACCUUGGCUAUUCCGUUGUUGCCAUCAAUCAUGUUAUUGACUUUAAGGAAAAGAAACAGGAAAUUGAAAAACCAAUAGCCGUUUCAGAACUCUUCACAACUUUGCCAAUUGUACAGGGGAAGUCAAGACCAAUCAAAAUUCUAACUAGACUGACUAUUAUCAUUUCGGAUCCCUCUCACUGCAACGUUUUGAGAUCUACGUCUUCAAGGGUCCGUCUCUAUGAUAUUGUUGCAGUUUUCCCGAAGACAGAGAAACUGUUUCAUGUUGCUUGUACACAUUUAGAUGUGGAUUUAGUCUGCAUAACUGUGAAAGAGAAACUACCAUUUUACUUCAAAAGACCCCCUAUUAAUGUGGCAAUUGACCGAGGGAUCAUCUUUGAACUUGCCUACAGCCCUGCCAUCAGAGACUCCACAAUGAGAAGGUACACGAUUUCCAAUGCCCUCAACCUGAUGCAGAUCUGCAAAGGAAAGAAUGUAAUUAUAUCUAGUGCUGCCGAAGGGCUUUUAGAAAUCAGAGGACCAUAUGACGUGGCAAACUUAGGGUUGCUGUUUGGGCUGUCUGAAAGCGAUGCCAAGGCUGCGGUGUCCACCAACUGCAGAGCGGCGCUUCUCCACGGAGAAACGAGAAAAACUGCUUUCGGAAUUGUUUCUACAGUGAAGAAACCUCGGUCUUCAGAAGCAGAUGAUGAGUCCCUUCCAGCUUGCAAGAAAGCCAAGUGUGAGGGCUGAGAAGGUCCCCCAUCGCUCCCUCUGCUUCUCUCUGCCCUCUGAGAGAACUCAUCGGCUACCAUGCAGCUAAAGCCUUUAUGUAACUUACUGUUUUCAUUUGGAGCUAGCAAUCAAUAGUCUAUAAAAAGCGGUGUUGUUUUCAACCCAUUACAAUAACAAGCGAGACCUGCUGAAGCGUUGUUUAACGCUGUGAAUUUAGAUGUUCAGAUGUUAUCCUUUGUGUAAGCGAUAAAUUAUGGCAGGUGUAAUCUAAUGAAAAAAUGUCUUACUAUUGUAAGAAACUAUUUAAAUUGUUUCUUGUUUCAUUAAAAACUCAUGUUUUUCUACUUGUUAUACAGAGGUUAUUAUUUUAAUCUUAGCAUUCAAGAAGUACUUAUUUUGAGGACUAUUAAAACUUUGUAAAGAGUUGACCCUUUCAGUGGAUUGGGCUGUUUUUUAAAGCUGCUUUUAUGUGUGCUCACCGAGGCAAAGUUCUUUCUGAAAGGAAUGGUGAUAAACUGCAGAACAUCGAGGGGGUGUUGUGGGAGGCGUGGAUCAGGAUGUGUUCCCUGAGGCCUCCUUGCUGCUUCUGACCUUUGUUUUGUCCUGUAAAUAGAAUUUCUGCCUUUUUCUUAGGAACUCCUGAAAACUUAAUAAUGGCAUUCCUAAUAACUCUAUUAAAAGUGUCUAAACAUUUAACUUAA